ACGCGCCCGCCGCUCCUCCCAGCCUCCUCCAUCCCGGAAGUUGACGCCGCGCUCCAGGUCGCGUGCGGCUCGCCGAGGGUAUAGCAUAGCUGUCUGGAAGGGCUGUGCUUUGCAAAAGGAUCAACAUGCCUUUGGCUAGAGAUUUACUGCAUCCUUCCUUGGAAGAGGAGAAGAAAAAACAUAAAAAGAAACGUCUGGUUCAGAGUCCAAAUUCUUACUUUAUGGAUGUAAAAUGUCCAGGUUGCUACAAAAUUACCACGGUUUUCAGCCAUGCUCAGACAGUGGUGCUUUGUGUAGGUUGUUCAACAGUGUUGUGCCAGCCGACAGGAGGGAAGGCCAGACUCACAGAAGGAUGUUCAUUUAGAAGAAAGCAACACUAAGGAUGCACACAACCUUUUGAAUUUCGUUCUAUCGCAGAAAGCCUUAUCAGUUCAGUAAAUCUAGUUAAUCUACCAAGAUAAUGUCAUUAGGUUCAAUUUUAUAAGGAAUACAAUAGCACUCUCAUAUUUUGGUGUUAGUUUUUCAAUAAAGUUUUGAUUAUGGGCUAUUUAA